AUGGGGAGCACAAGCAUCUCUCCCUUAUCCCCUCCUCCUCCUCCUCCUCUUCACACUCUUUAUCCCUUGCGUCACACUUAUUUAAACCGUGCAUUUGCAUUACUCUACACGUGUGCCAUAGUAGCACUCUUCUAUCACCACUCACUCAAACUCCUCCAGUACUCCACCUCCUUCAUCACCUUCUGCUUCUCCCUCACCUUUCUUCUCUCUGAUGCCAUCCUCGCCUUCAUGUGGUUCACCACUCAAUCCUUCCGGAUGUGUCCAGUCCGCCGCCGGGAGUUUCCAGAGAACCUCCUUUGUUUUCUAAAGGAGAGUGAGUUUCCGGCGUUGGACAUAUUUAUAUGUACAGCUGACCCAUAUAAAGAACCACCCAUAAACGUAGUCAACACUGCUCUAUCGGUGAUGGCUUAUGAUUAUCCGGUGAAGAAGUUGUCAGUUUACGUUUCAGAUGAUGGGGGUUCUGAGCUUACGUUGUUUGCUUUCAUGGAAGCUGCCAAGUUCGCGACACACUGGUUGCCUUUCUGUAGGGAGCACAAGAUAGAGGAGAGGUGCCCUGAUGCUUAUUUCAGGUCUAGCCACAGGUGCACUGAGACUCAGAAGAUGAAGAUGAUAUAUGAAACCAUGAAAGCUAAGGUUGAGAGUGCAAUGGAUAGAGGGCGAGUUCCGGAAGAGUACAUUGCCAGUGUAACCGACCGUGACUCCUUCGACAAGUGGACGGCUGGAUUUACUCGUCAUGAUCAUCCCACAGUCAUUCAGGUUUUGGUGGAGAACGGAAGAGAAAAGGACACGAGGGGCCAUGAAAUGCCAAACCUUAUGUAUCUUUCCAGACAGAAGAGCAAAGCCUCUCCCCACCAUUUUAAAGCGGGUGCCCUAAACGUCCUUCUUCGUGUGUCAGCUGCCAUGACAAAUGCACCAGUGAUUCUAACCUUAGACUGCGAUAUGUACUCAAAUGAUCCGAAAACUCCUCAUCGGGUGCUAUGCUAUCUCUCAGAUCCUGGACUCGGUUCAAAACUAGCUUAUGUUCAAUUCCCCCAGCUCUUCCAUGGGAUCAACAAGCAUGACAUCUAUGCUGGUGAAAUGAAGCGUUUGUUCCAAAUUAAUCCGCAAGGAAUGGAUGGGCUAGCCGGUCCUAAUUAUGUUGGCACAGGAUGUUUUUUCCAUCGACGGUCUUUUUUUGGACCGCCAUCAUCGCUAUUGUCCCCUGAGAUCCAAGAAUUACACCCGGAUCAUGUCUUGAACAAGCCGGUUCGGUCUGAAACAAUUUUAACAUUGGCUCACCAUGUGGCAAGUUGCAACUACGAGAAUCAGACCAAUUGGGGCAUGAAGAUAGGGUUCAGAUACGGAUCCUUGGUCGAAGACUACUACACGGGUUAUCGGCUGCACUGCGAGGGCUGGAAAUCAGUGUUUUGUUAUCCUGAGAGAGCAGCUUUCCUUGGUGAUGCACCCAUCAGCCUUAGUGAUGUGCUGGGCCAGAUCAAGAGGUGGUCUGUGGGCCUAUUAGAGGUGGGCUUCUCCAAGUACAGCCCAGUUACCUUUGGUAUUCCAUCGAUGGGCUUACUAAUGGGCCUUUCCUUUGCUCAUUAUUCAUUCUGGCCCAUUUGGUCCAUACCGGUCACAUUCUAUGCCUUUGUUCCGCAGCUGGCUCUCAUCAAUCGUGUCUCCAUGUUUCCAGAGGUAUCAGACGCUUGGUUCUAUCUGUACAUGUUCCUUUUCUUGGGAGCCUAUGCACAAGAUCUACUAGAUUUCUUAGUAGCAGGAGGAACAAUCCAAAAGUGGUGGAACAAUCAAAGAAUGUGGAUGGUAAGGGCAAUCUCACCUUACCUAUUGGGAUCCAUAGAUUACUUUCUUAAAUCAAUUGGCAUCUCUACAUUUGGAUUCAAUGUGACUAGCAAGGUGAUCCAUGAAGAACAAAGUAAGCGAUAUGAGCAAGGUAUUUUCGAGUUCGGAGUUGCGUCACCCUUGUUUGUACCACUAACAACAGCUGCCAUAAUCAACUUGAUCUCAUUUCUAAAGGGAAUAGCAGGAGUUUUCAGAGAUGGAAACUUAGGGGAAGUAUUUGUGCAGUUGUUCAUAUCUAGUUUUGUGGUGGUAAAUUGUUGGCCAAUGUAUGAAGCUAUGGUUUUGAGGAAGGAUGGAGGAAAGAUGCCUGCAAAGACUAUAGUGACGUCCGCCUUACUAGCAUGGAUUCUUUACACAAUAGCAUCUCUUAUAUUAAAAGCUUGAAAUUUGGCAUUUUAA